ACCUUGGCUUUGCUAGACAAGACAGCCCCACGUAGUAGCAGCAGCAGCAGCGGAGAGCGCGGUCGGUUCUCUAGCAUCUCCGGUGAAGCGAGCAAGCAGAGAGAUGGCGUCCCGUCGUCCCAUGGCCGCCGCGCCUGCCGUCCUCCUCCUCCUGCUCCUGCUCGUCGCCACAGAGAUGGGGACGACGAAGGUGGCAGAGGCCCGGACGUGCCUGUCGCAGAGCCACAAGUUCAAGGGCACCUGCCUCAGCGACAGCAACUGCGCCGGCGUGUGCCGCACUGAGAACUUCCCCGACGGCGAGUGCAACUCCCACCGCCUCGAGCGCAAGUGCUUCUGCAAGCGGACCUGCUAAGCAAGACCAGUCCGCGCGACAUCAUCCGAUCCGACGGAUGCUACUUGCCAGAGCAUCUAUGCCCGCCGUCAGUUAGAUCUGUUCGUCCCUACAUUUCUUUCACGUCCGUCAGUAGUUUGUUCGUGUGUUCCGUUUACAAUAGUGGUUAUCUCCAUGCAUCCGGAGGUUUAGUCUAAUUAGUUCGCCGGCCGCCGUGCGUUCGUGGCUCUUUAAUCUAUGCGGCGAUGUAACAUGGUCAUUGCGUUGUUUCAGGCUUUCAGCAUGGACUGAUAUCCAUAUGCAAUGCAUCUGUUGGUGGCCUCAA